AUGUUUAAAUAUAUGCGAUUCAUUUGCCUUUGGCUUUUCAUUUUCAUUCAUAUUGAAGCUUUACCUGAAAUUGCUGAAAGAAAACGUUGUUCACCAUUAGGUGGUUAUUGUGAUCGAUCAAUAUUUUAUCCAUGUUGUAAGAAAUCAGUAUGUAAACUACAUGGAUUUGCAAAUGGAACAUGUGUUGAAUGUUUAGAUGUGGAUUGGGCUUGUUUAAGUAAUUCAGAAUGUUGCAGUGGAAUAUGUCAUCUAGUAAAAUGUCAACCAAAGAAAAAACUUAAAAUUAGUAUUUAUUAA